AUGAUUUUAAUGGACCUGUACUUGUCUUGGACCAGCUUAACCAGCUUCUCAACCAGCACCACGUCUCCUGAACCAGUGGUAGCAGUGGCAGCCCGUGAAUUGGGGCGGGCUCAGGACUUUGCAAACAGGCACAACAUCCCCCGAGCGUACGGGUCUUACCAGGAGCUGGCCCAGGACAAGGACAUUGGGUGGAUGAGGCUGCGACUGGUGGAUGAGGCUGCGACUGUGGUUCUUAGUUUCUCCAGUAACAGGAUGGCUGUCUGUAUCUGUACGGUUUCCGUUCAGCUGCCAAAUGAAGCAUUCAUCUUCGGCACAAAGGGAACUAUAAAGAUCCCAGCUCCCAUGUGGUCCCCAACCUCUUUGAUAGUGAAUGGGAAUGAAACGCAGUUCCCACUGCCUGAGCCUUACCAGCCUCUCAACUUCCCCAACAGUACCGGGUUGCGCUAUGAGGCACAAGAGGUUCGGAGGUGUUUACUUGCAGGUCUCAAGCAGAGUCCCAGAAUGAUGCUGGAGGACACAGCUCUGUUAACCAGUAUUCGUGACGAAGCUCGCAGACAGGUGGGAGUGGUGUACUGCCAGGACGCAGAAUAGAGUGUGGGAGGAGGCUCACUACUCAACUACACCAUUCUAUUGCUGAUUGUAUAGUGAACUGUUCAAUGCUGCUUUUUAU